AAGCUUGCAAUGCAGUGUACGUAGUUUAGCUGGCAAGGUGACAGUGUUCGUGUCUACCGUCUGAAAUGCACUGAAUGCACGUAACUAACAUGCCAUGAACGCGUUAUUAGAAAAUGCCGGCGUUACGUGUAGUCACAUCUAAGAUGUCUGCACUUGAAUAUGAUGGAGGGUCUAAGUUUAUGCGCAAGGCAAAGGAGAAUCCUUUUGUCCCAAUAGGAAUGGCAGGAUUCUUUACCAUUGUGGGAUACAGACUGUUCAGAUUGAAGAGCCGUGGAGACAUGAAGAUGUCAGUGCAUCUCAUCCACAUGCGUGUAAUGGCUCAAGGAUUUGUGGUGGGAGCUAUAACAGUUGGGGUAAUAUAUUCAAUGUACAAAGACUACAUUGUAAAGCCAAGAGAAGAAUUGAAGGCAUUGCAACAAGAGACAAAACAAAGGACCCCACAAAUGAAUAUGGACUGAUGUUUUUUAUUUAAGGUGUAUUAAGUUAUUAUGGAUAUGCCAUACAUUGUACAUCUACAUAACUCAUGGUACUAUGUAGUUUAAAGGAAUUCUCAUUCAACUAGAAUGUCUCUACUGCCCUCUCUGUUUUGGAGAUGAUGUGACUUACCUCAACUCACAUUUGAGCGUUAAUAUCACUUCUAGAGGUAUGAGCCAAACAAAUGUUUUCUGACAUAAUGUAGCUUUUACAUUAAGAUAUUUAUAAUUUAGCAGAGCCUCUUACCUGUUUUCAGGAUGUAUUUAACUAGAGGACAAGUGGUCAGAGAAACUUUCCACAGUUUACGAGAACAAAAUUUUUGUUGUGGUCUCUGAAUGUUCUUGAUUAUAUAAAUAAUUUAUUGCUAAGGACAGUAGAUAAACCUGGCUAUUGAUGGGGCAGUAGGUAGAAUACUUUUCUUCCCUUACUGAACGAGACCAGAAUGUUCUUAGCUAGUCCAGGGUGGUUUAGGGUGGGAAGGAUAGAACUGCAGAUGUCUAAAGCCAGUAUGAGAUUACAAGGCAAUCCAAACUGGAAAAUAAUCUUUGAAACUUAAAACGAACUGCAGAUGUCUACAGGUGAUGUCAUCAAGUGCAGAUGUCUACUGGUGAUUUUUGCUUGUAUUAAUGCUAGCAGUAAAAUACAAAUCUUGUGGCCCUUUCAAAUUAGGGUUGAAUAUAAAUUUGAGGCUGUAUGUGCAAAUAAAACGUUGAAGGCUUUCAGGUA